AUGAGAUUUACUAUAAUUUGUAACAUUCUGCUUUCCCUGUUCUGCUACAAAUUGUUUGGAAAUUGGGAACUUCCUAUCCGAUUAUGUUUUGAUCCAUUCCGAAUAGUCGGUGGUUUUCCUACUUUGAUCGACUCUUUUUUUGAUAACUAUUUGGAGAAGACAGCUGAGAAUACAAAGAAUUCCUUCCCACUUGAAGAACUACAGUAUCCGGUCCUAUCUUCUCAACUCGAAAGAACACUCAGCUGGACUUGUCCAAUAUUGGAGUCAUCUAAUCAAUGUUUCACUGUUGUAACUUCUUCGGAAUGUCUCGGAACCUCACAACUUUCCUAUAUUUUUUGGAUAAAUCAUGGCGAAUCUGAAGAGUGUUUCCACGGAGAGAAAGGAAAUGUUGAGUGUAUCAUUCCUCACCAAAGUGGAAAUAUAUGUCAAAAUGUAGUUGUUGGAAUUCGAAGAAGUGGUAACAACUCAAUAUUCUUCGACAUUGAAGAUGUUUCAGUAUCUCACUCCAAAUGCCACAUACUGUGGUUUCACUACAAUCUCCAUCUACCAUACACACGGUUUCAUAUAUUCGGUCGUCGUCACGUCAUCAACUGA